GACCCACGCUCUCCCUCCCCCUCAGUCGCUGCAGCCUCGGGCGGAGCGAGGCGAGCGGCGGGCUCUUGGAAGCGGCUCCUCGCUCGGCGCGCGGGAUUGGUACCUGAUUCAGAGGCUCUUCUUCGCGGAAGCGACGCGGAGGAGCCGGGCAGCUCGACGCCUUUGGCUUCGUCCCAGACAGAGGCUUCCCAAAGCCGGCAGGGAUACCAGGUUUUAUUGACUGAUCGUGGACGUCAGUCGUGGAAGGAGCUGGCGGUCGCGAUGCAACUUCUCCGAGGUUUCCUGGUAGCUCUUGCUCUGCACGUGGUGGGCGCUCAGAAGAAAGACGUGAUUCUUCAGAACAGCACUACUGAUAGAGCAGUGGUAUCCUUUUUUGAUGUUUGGAAUCGCAGCUCCUGCCAGCCCUUGGAGAAACUGGUCAGUGUUGUAUCAGAAUACCCACAUGAAGUGGAGCACGUGUUCAAACCGUCCUGUGUUUCUUUGCGUCGCUGCUGUGGAUGUUGUAGAGAUGAGGCACUGCAAUGUGUCCCAGUGGAACUGGCCAAUAUCACUAUGGAGAUUUUACCCUUUCAGCUCAAGAAGAUCAACCCAGAGAAUCAGUUACCCGUCGUGGAGUUGUCAUUUACUGAACACAGGAAAUGUGAAUGCAGGCCCCGACAAGAUGCUCUGAAGUCAGGGAGGAGGAGGAGACUCAAGGGACGCAGCAAGAAGAAGCGGGCAAAGCAGAGACCCAAAAAUUGAUCUCUAUGUGUACCAUUUGAUGAUAGUUGUUGCUUUCUCAGCCAAGGGCAGUGCCACAAUGCCUCUUUUUAAAUGCUAAAUCCUCUUCAACAUUCCUCUGCAAUUACAAUUUUGACUGAUGAAUUCAGGGGUCUGGUAACAGCUUGCUCACUUGAAGUGCCAGAGCAAAAAGGGAGGAGUAAAGACAACAUCCCAGUGAGAAUAUGUCAGGACAUUCUGAAGGAGAUGUUUUUUUAUAUAUUUAUAAUUGCAUCAGAGGACUGCCCCAGGAUCAAGUGAAGACCUGUUUAUCUCAGUCCAUUUCCUGUCUAUACAGAGCUAAUAUUUCACUCUGAUUUCUGCAGAAUUGAGAGUAAAAUGGAAAUACAAGAAAACAGCAGCUGGUUUAUGUUUUAAAUAUUUGGAGUUUGGAGAACUUAAAACUAUUAAGACAAAUGCGAAUACUUCCUCCUGGAUUUUUUCUGGAUAUUAUCUCUCAGUUGGGAAUUGAGAAAUGAAAAGUUUGAGCUACACUUUGCCAAUCCUUGUUUAAGUCUUGUUUUUCACCAGGGUUAAUAUCUGGAGUACACUCCUUCCUAUAAAAGAUGUCUAAAACAACAAAUUAACCUUGAUAAAUAAGAGCUAAAACUCCUUGUCAAGUAAGAUUGUAGAAGUCAGCAUUUUAGAAAUCAGAGCCCUAGGCAAGGAAAUAGGGAGCACAGAGAUUGUGGUUCCUGCUCAAGUUACUGCCAACUUAGUGUACAUGUAGGCCUUUAUUCCCCUAGGAAAAUUAGUUCUGGAAUAUCCCCGCAAAAUAAUUUUUCUCAAGAAAAUAUAAUGUUGUGCUUGACAUGUUUUGCUAGCUCUUCUGCAUAUCUUGCAGUGGAAAUCAUAGUAACUGCUUAUCAGUGUACUGGAUUUUGUUCAUACAUGUAGUCCUCAGUUUGCGGCCACAAUGGAAACCAACAUUUCCACUGCUAAGCAAGACAUUUGUGAAGUGAGUUUUGCCCCAUUUUACAACCUUUCUUGCCACAGUUGUUCAAUGAAUUGCUACAGUGGUGAAGUUAGUAACACGGUUGUUAAAUGAAUCUGGCUUCCCCGUUGACUUUGCUUGUUAGGAGGUUUCAAAAAAAAGGUGAUCACAUGACCCCAGGAUGCUGCAACCCUCAUAAGUACAUGCCAAUUGCCAAGCAUCCAAAUUCUGACCACGUAACCAUGGGGAUGCUGCAACAGUCACAAAUGUGAAAAAUGAUCAUGUCACUUUUUUCAGUGCCAUUGUAACUUUGAGCGAUCAUUAAAUAAACGGUUGUAAGUCAAGAACUACUUGUAUAACUGGUUUAGUGGUGGUGAGGGAGGACGGUUGUUGAAAAAAAAAAACAGUUCACAAAGUAGGUAAAUUCUCUGGUCAGCCACAUUGUAGACAACCCCAUAACUGAUUUAAGCAGGUUCAAGCAACUAAUUACCUGACUAGAUGGCUCGGUGGCUAAGACACUGAGCUUGUCGAUCAGAAAGGUUGGCAGUUCGGUGGUUCGAAUCCCUAGUACAGGUAUCCUGCAUGAGCAAGGGGUUGGACUAGAUGACCUCCAAAGUCCCUUCCAACUCUGUUACUGUUAUAAUAAUAUAUUCCUGCCUGUCCAUCUCAUUGUAAAAUAGUGCAGGUUCACAAUCAGUCCUAAAAGAAAAGUACCGUAAGUUCCUGUGAGCUUUAAAAUAAUAGUGCAACUGAACACAGAAAUAGGUCUUGUUUUACCCUGAGAUUUAAGUGCUAACCUUAAUAAUUGCAAGAAAGUGUACAAGAUCACUGCUAGAUUUUAAAUUAGGUUUUCCAAUUUAUGGAAAAGAGUUUUAGAGACUGUGGCUAUCCAAAAAGCACAGAUAACAAAAAGAACAGAUAAAGACAGAUAUUAUGCCCAUCUUAUAUAAAUUUCUUGAGGUUUGAAUAAACAUGGAAGAAAAUUGUGACGUGUAAAUUAAGAACCCGAAUGAUGGGAAAGGUGUGAAAUUGAAAUAUAAGAAGUUCAUAAAAAGUAUAAUGGCAUACCUUUUGCAUGCAACUCUUGCAAUAAUCUGCUAUGAGAUGCUAUGUGUGUCUGUCUGUGUAGUGUGAGUGAACUCAAACUGAAAUAGGUGAAUGGGAAAUAGUAACUGUUGGUCAAGAAAGAACAAGCAAGCGUCAUUAUGUCUUCAUUAUUCCUGUACCUACAGCUUUUACUGAUUCAUAUGAAAACAAGGUGGAAUUUUCCCGAGACUCUACAUUUGUGAACUGUUAUAUUCGACAACAUCCAUGAAAGGAAAGCGAACUAAAUAGACUAUUAAUUUAACCCAAUGAAGUAUAUUGCUUCUUAUAUCAUAGUAACUUAAUGGCAAUAUAUUCUUGGUCCUCCUGGUUUGAAAUAUUUUCUUUUGUGUAGUAAAAUAGCACAUGAGUUCCUGCUUUUUCAGUCAAUGCAGUGCAACAACAUUCCAAAUAAAUGAUUCUAAAUAAAAUCGCUUUAUAGUCAAAACCCAAAUGCAGAUUCUGAAAAUAUUUUUAUUGGCUCACCCUAGUUCCUCUUCUGAAAAAGAACUUGUCUUCUCUGGAUGUAUGAGAGAUAAAUUCCAGUUGUGAUCCUUCUGAAUUGCUGAAUGAUAUACCAGAGAUAAAGAAAGCACAAUCCAAUAUGUUGGGCUAUUAAAGAAGGCGGCCAGCAUGCUUCCUAUGUGACUUGAGGCAAAUAAUUCAAAACUGUUCCUUUGCAAUGUGAGUGUGAUAGACUAGGAAACUUGUAAAAAUAAAUGCAGCAUGCCUCUUGGAA